AUCAUGUGACAAUAUAUUCUUCUUAAAUAGGCAGACAGGAUAUAACACACUGCUAAACUUUGUCCAUUUUCAGCUCACCUGCUAAGAGUAGAGUCUUAAGAAGACUGCAUAUUAAAAGCGCAUCGAUUCCAUCAUUUAUAGGACUGACGGAAAGCCACUCAAAAAUGUCUGAGAGUAUUUAUGCCAAUGUUAACAGUGACAUAACAUGUGAUACGGACAGAGGAACCAAGGCAAGCCAUACACCUCAACAAUCAGGAAGUGAUUUAGUGCAGAUCAGACGUUUCAGAACAACUGCAGUGUGUUCGUUGCUGCUGUAUGUUCUUCUGUUGACUGCGGUCAUAGUGCUGUGUGUCUACAUCCAUACAAAGAACACAACCUACACAGAAGAGACACACAAGCUACUAACCAAGAUUAACAACCUCACAGAACAGAGUGACCUGCUUCUAACCAAGUACAUAAACAUGACAAAUGAAAUGAAUGGAUUAUUAAUCAAGAAUGAAAUCCUGACUAAACAACGAGACCAGUUCAAUCAAGAAAGAAAUAACAUGCAGAAGAUUAUCAAUGAAACAGAAGGAUGGGUACACCCUACUUUCAGCUUAUACUUCAUGUCGUCAAUGAAGAAGAGCUGGACUGAGAGCAGAAGAGACUGUACAGAGAGAGGGGCAGAUCUGAUCAUCAUAAACAACAGAGAGGAACAAGAUUUUGUUACAAAAAUUACUGAUAAAGGAGAAUUCUGGAUUGGUGUAACUGACGCCAAGGAAGAGGGCAGAUGGAAAUGGGUUGAUGGCACCAGCGUGACGUCUGGGUUCUGGGCAUCCAGUGGACAUAUAACAGAGCCAAAUGGAGGAAGACGAGAGAAUUGUGCUGUGACUUAUUUAAAAAGGCACCCUGAAUUAAUAGGGUGGAUUGAUGCUGAUUGCAAUGGUGCUUAUCAAUGGAUCUGUGAGAAGAGAUCUCGUCCCUAGGAACAGCAAACACUUUUUCACUGUUUUCUUAUUUUUAUUUUCUUUAGUUUCUUUACAGCUCAAGUCUUCAGGACUGAACACUCCUGAUCUAGAAGUAAUACCUGUUUAGGCCUAGGCUAUAUGUGUAUUAAUUUGUAGUUGCUUCCUUUGUAUUUUGCUCUAAAAGACACACACACACACACACACACACGAAAUUCAUUCUAAUCAACUAUUCCUACAUACGCUAAACCCCAGAUUGCUUUACUUUAUUUAUAUAGUAAAUAAAGUAUACCCUAUUUAUACUUAGCAUGCUGUUUACACGUUACCCUUAUGUUAUCAUUAAAGAUGACGUAUGGCUCUAUAUCUCUGGUCGUUGUCAGUCCUGUAGAUCCAGUAAGAAUUUAAAGGGUUUCUUAAGAAUCAAAUACACAUCUGUAGAGGAUUCGAUCUCUUGCAGCACACUGUGACCUGCUUUAGAGACAUGAUUAAAUACAGAUGCAUCUCAGUAAAUUAGAAUGUCAUAAAAAAGUUAAUUUAUUUCAGUAAUUCAAAUUUUGACUCACAUUUAACAAAAACCCGUCAAUUCACUAUCUCACCAAAUUAGAAUAUGGUGACAUGCAGUGGUGUAACUUUGCUUUGAAAAGUGCUGAGGACACCGCGCAACUUGUUUUGCUAGUUUUUAAUUGAAUAUAGUGAUGGCCGAUUCGUGAACGAAUCGUUCAAUUUAACCGGUUCUUCUCAGUGAACCGGUUGAACCAGUUCACCAAAUCGAACUGAAUCGUUUGAAACGGUUCACGUCUCCAAUAAGCAUAAAUCCACAA